GCAACAUCCUGUCACACUUGUCUGCUGUGUGUUUGCUUUUGUUAUGGCAGCCCAAAAAAAGAUUUGCGAAGGGAAUGAGUGUAUAAAGCAAGCUGAAAAAUACUUAAAGACUUCUUUUCUAAAAUGGAAACCAGAUUAUGACAGUGCUGCUUCUGAAUAUUCAAGAGCAGCAACUUGUUUUAAGACUGCUAAAGUUUUGGGACAGUGCAAAGAUUCUUUGUUGAAAGCUGCCGAUUGCUAUGCCAAGAACUAUUCAUUUUUUUCAGCAGCAAAGAGUUAUGAACAAGCUGCAUUAAUUUCCAAAGAUAUGGAUGAUUACAUGGGUGCUGUGCAGAUGAUAGAAAAGGCAUGCCAACUGUUUCGAGAACAUGGGACUCCAGAUACUGCUGCUCUAGCUUUGGAAAAAGGGGCAAAGAUGGUGGAAAGCAAACAUCCAGAAAUAGCUUUAGACUUGUAUAAAAAGGCGGCUGAUGUUGUUAUGAUAGAAGACAGGCCUACACAGGCAUCUGAAUAUGCAGGAAAAGCUGGUAGAAUUCUUAUUAAACUAAAAAGAUAUGAUGAAGCUGCUGAUAUGAUUAAAAAAGAAAUGGAAUAUCAUUUAUCCACAGAGAAUACAAGAGCAGCAGGAAGACUUGUUGUUGCUCAAGUCUUAGUGCAUUUAAUGAGAGAAGAUUAUGUAGCUGCUGAUAAGGUUUUCAAGGAAGGUUACAACUACUGUGAAAGAGAUGAAUGUAAUACAUUGAUGGAUCUUCUUGAAGGUUAUGAUCAAGGAGAUGCUGAACAACUAAACAGAGCAUUAAAUAGUCCAUUUAUCAAGCAUAUGGAUGUUGAAUUUGCAAGAAUGGCACGAUCACUGCAAGUUUCAGAAACAGAAGGAUCUGCUGCAAUGGACAGUUAUGAUACACCUAAAAAGAAAGAAAGUACAACAAAUGAUGAUGAAGAUGAAUUUGCUGAAGGAUUACUUUAAAGCUUCCAUAGCUUAGUAAUUAUAGUGCAUGUACAUAUUGUACAUCUUUUACAUAUUUUCAUUUUCCAUUUUGUAAGUAAUACUUAAUACCAUAGAUAUGUCUGAAUUAAUGGUGUGAAUGGAAUGAUUUAAAAGAAAUUUUCUCAAUAGAUGUAAUAUUUAAUGUAAAUAAAAAUAUGCCCUAAA